ACACCUAGAUUUCCUUGGUAUUCCGGUGCACUAGUGCACUUUUCUAAUCGUAGCUUUUAGUGGUGGUAAUGUAUUUGGAUUUUGUAAAAAAGUGUUUAUGUUCGCAGGCUUUUUUAUAUUGAAGGCAGUGUAGAUAUGGAUCUUAGGUCACCACUCAUGUACAGGGAACGCCAAGGCUAAGUUAUCUUUUCACGUUUUCUUACACAAAUAGGUUUAGUAUAUCCCGUAAACUAUUUCUGAAGAUCGUUUCACUAAGUACUAGACAUUAUACUCGAUUUCUGGUGCCAAUAGCUAAACAUUUUUCUUUGGUAUCAGAACAGACGAUUCUUUAAAAAAAUUUACUGUUUUUCUAAUCGUAGCGUACAGACGCACUUUUAUUUUUAAUUCCACACGCAAUGUUUACGUGUGGGAACAGAUAUCUAUCAUCACUGAAAUAGACUUGUUAAAUGCAUCAAUAAAAGAUCUGCGUGAUAUUUCGUCACAUAUCUAGUGGAUAUAAGGCGCCACCGCUCAUUAAAAUGAAUUUAUGAAUUCUUAAAAUUUCAAGGUGUAUUACGUAUAUCUAUUUGAAAGAUGCACGUCAUAUCCAACCAGAAAACAGCCGAUAUGGGAUGAAUUGAUGCCAACUGCCCGGUAUAAUUUAAAAGAAAAAAACUGAAUAGAAACGAGGUUUGUGCUCACACGGAAUAAAUUUAAGUUUUCCCUCACCAAAAUAACUGAAUAAGAGAAGCAGCUGGAACCUUUAUGCUAUUGAAAAUAUCAUGUAACUUUCAAAAAUCUACUUCUUGUUACUUUUGCAGUUUGCUAACUUGUGCUGUUCAAUAUGGUGGUAUGUGAAUUCGUGUAGUUCCCGAAUAUGUUGUUUGGACGUAUUAGUUGCAUUUGACUUUGCAAGACAAGUGUUUAUUCAGUCACACUAAGGAUCGUAUCUUCGGAUAAUGUAAAGGGAACUAUUCUUCAUACUCGUAGCUAUUUGCUCUUUGGGAAAUCCUUGAUUGUAUUUGUUUCUUUUUUAUUUUCGUGUUCUAAGUCUUCGUGACAGUUUGACGUGUGUAUAAAACUUACGGAUAAUGGAUGAGGAAGUUCUAACUACUCUGAAGAUACUGAUAAUAGGCGAGAGUGGUGUUGGAAAAUCCAGUUUAUUAUUGCGUUUUACGGACGAUAAUUUCGAUCCUGAUCAACCAUUAACAAUUGGCGUGGAUUUCAGACAUAAGAAACUAAAAGUCAACGGAAAUUGGGUAAAGUUAGCAAUAUGGGAUACUGCAGGCCAGGAGCGGUUUCGAACACUCACGCCGAGUUACUACAGAGACGCACAAGGUGCCAUUCUAGUAUAUGACAUCAGCAACAGGACAUCAUUUGAUCGGUUGGAGACGUGGUUGAACGAACUGGAUUUGUACUCAAACAGACAAAACAUUGUUAAAAUGGUUGUCGGAAAUAAGAUAGAUGUGGAGCAAGAGCGGCGCGAAGUGACGAAAGAGGAAGGCCUGAGCUUCGCCCGGAGGCACGCAACGCUGUUCAUAGAAUCCAGUGCCAAGACGCGCGAAGGCGUGCAGAUGGCUUUUGAAGACCUUGUGCAGAAGAUAAUUGAACAGCCCGGCCUGUGGGAGACAGGAGGUCCAGGUUCGAUCCACGUGCGAGAAGAGGACAGCGGUGAAGGUGCUCCGGCUUGCGCUGGGUGGAAGUGCCAGCUCGUCUGAGGUCUGCGGCCGGCGCGUCCGCCAUCUGGGAGGGGUGUGCCAGGACGCGCGCUCUUGUGUAAAUGGAGGCGUAUUUGGAGACUCCUACUGAUAUGGCAUGUCCUAUCAGUUCUCAUUUUUGUUGCACUGACUAACAAGUUGUGUUGUAAUGGAGUCUUAACGUCAUUGGGAAGAGUGGGAGGGAGGGGCUAAGAGAGAUACGUAACAACUGUAUCAUAUGGUUGAUUUUUAAACUGUCAUUUUUAUCAGUACUGUCUUGUGCAGUCUUGUUUACAAAUGGAUGCUUUUUAGAAGUUUAAAUGCAUGUUGGAUAUUAAUUUUGUAUAAGUCUGUAGUCCACAGCACUUGGUAAAUUAUAUGUAUAUAGCAUAAUGCAUUUUUGUAUGUUUCAAUAUGUAGAAAUCUGAAAUAAAUUUUUGUGAAGCUCGUA